AUGUAUGAUUAUUCGAUUGGACGAUCUUCAUGGGGAGGGUAUUGUGAUCGAUCUUCUUCAUAUCCCUUAUUUACAUACGAUGGCAAUUCCCUAGAUCCUUGCUUUGUGUGGGAUAUCUCAAGUGUAAUCAAUCUCAUACUUGGUACUUUUGUUACUUUCGAAUUAAUCUCCUUGGUAUACUUUGGGAAUUCUGGACUGCGUCGUAUAAGGUUCCUGUUUGGAUCUGUACUUGAAGGUAGUGCCCAAAAAUGUCGGCUUGUCUUGAUUGUAUUCUACUUUACCUUCCAAGGUAUUUUGUCAUUUGCAUAUAUUGGCCAAAUCUCGAACGUGUUAGUUUUGCCUGCGGUGUUUAUGCUACACUUAGUUGAACCAACUAGAUCCCUUGUUCAGCUGACUUCACUUCUUUGGAUAUGGACUGUUCAAGCACUCUUGAAUACAAUUUCUCUAGUACAGGAUGAAUUCUCACCAGUUAAAGUCGUAGGCACUAGUAAUACUUUCCAGAGUAUUGAAUUAAUUACAUGGUUAAUUUCCAUUCUUUUAUUCAUUUUGGAAGUGUUCGUAUGGGAACCUACUACAGGACUUCUUGAUUAUUACAGAUUGAAUGGAUGGGAUAAUGACAUUGAUACUGCUCGGAACUCUUUCUCAAAUAUUGCAUUUACUUGGUUACAGCCUUUAUUGAAAGGUGUGUAUUAUACGGAUGUUGCCAGUCCUGAAAUUAUUCCCAAACCUCCCACCGAAAUCACGAUUGGAUUUACAGAAAGUAAGAUUGAAACUGCUUGGAAUAAUGCAGUACUUGAAGCAAGGAGACGACAACCAAGAAGUGAUGACGAACUAAGUAUUUCUCUUCUUUCUUGCAUAUUCAAAGCCUUUUGGUCAAUAAUCCUUUCCAGCUUUAUAUUAGAUGUAAUUGGUGUGACAUUAACUUUUGCAGAACCAUUCUUGCAACAACAAUUCAUUUUAUUCUUCACAAAAAGUAAUGAUACAACAUCCACUUCCCCUCCUAUGAUAAAAGGAUACGCGAUAGCCGGCGCCUUUUUUGUUGUUUCCAUGGUUCGUACCAUAUUGAACACGCAAGCUUCUCAAUUAAAGUCUAAGGCUCUUUAUUCCGCGACUGCUAUUCAAUCUUUAAUCUAUAAAAAGGCUCUCAGACUUUCAGCAGAAUCAAGACAAUCCAAAAGUGUGGGUCAAAUUAUAAACCACAUAUCGUUGGACAUUCCGAUUAUUACUUCGUUUCCUACAGGAUCGGCAGUUAAACUAGUUAUUGCACCUUUCAAAGUUGUAUUAUGUGUAUUAGCAUUAUAUCUGAUAAUCGGGAACGCUACCUGGGCAGGCGUCACAGCAGCACUUGUUAUCAUUCCAUUAGUUUCCAAGAUUAAAGGUAUAACUACCCCGUUAACGAAACAGAUCAUGGAAUACAAAGAUUCAAGGUUGCAACUCAUCAACGAAGUUCUCAACUCAAUUUUAAGUGUGAAACUUUAUACAUGGGAAGAUCUGAUUGAAGAUAGAAUCAAGGCAGUUAGAAAUGGAAAGGAAUUGAAUACAAUUCGACUUUUAAGUGUAUGGAAUUCGUUUUCGAGAUUCAUAUUUGGAACAAUACCGUUCUUCAUAUUAUGUUCCAGUUUUGGUGCUUUCGUGCUUUUGAACGAUACACCUCUUACUCCAGACAUUGUUUUCCCUGCAUUAACUCUUUUUAGCGUACUUGGUCGAUUUAUAUCAUCAACUUCAGGAUUGAUUCAAAAACUUUCCAAAGCUAAAGUUUCAUACAGGCGAGUUGAAGAGUUUCUUUUAUUACCUGAAUCGAACAAUAUUGCUAAAAGAGAAUAUGGAGACUUAAAUCUGAGAAAAACUUCCAUAAAUAUCACAAACGGGACAUUCUUAUGGAAUACACCCACUGAGUAUAAUAAAGUUGAAGAUGAGGUGACUGGGAUUUCCAAUGUUGCAUUGAGCGACAUCAAUUUGUCUACAAAACCUAACCUGUUAACAUGUAUUGUUGGUAGGGUAGGGAGUGGAAAGACAACAAUGAUAAAAUCUAUUUUAGGAGAAAUGCCUUGCACCCCCGAAUCUUCAGUGAAAAUUUAUGGCUCAGUGGCCUAUUGUGCUCAAGUGCCAUGGAUAAUCAAUGCAUCGGUACAAGAUAAUAUUUUAUUCGGUCUCCAAUAUAACAAGUCCCUUUACGAAAGAACAAUUGAAGUGUGCGAGUUAGCUGUGGAUAUACUGUCAUUUCCUCAAGGCGAUCAAACUUUAGUUGGUGAGAAGGGAAUUUCCCUUUCUGGUGGUCAAAAGGCUCGUAUUUCUCUAGCACGAGCAGUAUACUCUAGAUCAGACAUUUAUAUCUUUGACGAUAUUCUUUCUGCUAUUGAUCGAUAUGUUGGACAAAAAAUCAUGAAUAAUAUUUUAGGACCAAAUGGAAUCUUAUCUUCCAAGACUAGAAUUCUCGCAACGAACUCUAUACCAAUUUUACAUCUUGCCGAUGAAAUUAUUCUUUUAGAGAAUGCUAGGAUUGUAGAAAGGAAAACAGGAUCUGAUUUAGUUAUUAUUGAUGAUAAUUCUAAGCUAUCAACGUUAGUACGUGAUUUCGGUGCUCAUUCUGAAACGCCAGAACCAACUGAAUUCAAUGACACUCUGGAAGCUGAUUCACUCCAAGUUACUUUAAAUAGUGUGUUCGAUUCUAAAUCAACAAUCGAAGAGGAAGGUGAUGGUACAAAAAAUAGACAUUUAGUGUCCGCAGAAAUAUCUUCCAAAGGUAGGGUUAAAUCUUCAGUCUUUUUUGAAUAUUUCAAGGCAUGUAAUUAUGCAACCACCGUUAUCUAUGUGGCAUUUACAACCAUCAGUAUUUUCAUCACCGUAUAUCAAACUAUAAUUUUGACUGAAUGGUCAGAGUUAAACCAAAACGCAGGCAAGACUAUACACCCAGUGUAUUAUUUGUCACUAUACGCCUUAACGGUUGUAGUACGUGGUGUAUUUACCAUGUCAGGAUUAAUUAUCAUUUGGGUUUUCAGCUUUAUAAAAGGAUCAAUAUACUUCCAUGAUAAGAUGAUGUUCAAAAUAUUAAGAUCACCAAUGUCGCUUUUUGAAACUACACCAGUUGGAACCAUAUUAAAUAGAUUUUCAAAUGACAUUGCAGCAAUGGACUUGACAAUUCCAGGGAUAUUUGUUAAUGCAGUUAAUUUAAUUGUUAAUUCCACCACUUCUUUUGCAGCCAUUAUCGUCAAACUACCAGCGAUGAUAGUGGUUAUUAUUCUAUUACUUGGAGUGUAUAAUUCAAUUCGAAUGUACUUUAUUCCAGCCUCAAGAGAAAUUAAGAGGCUUUCAAGAACUGCCAAUAGUCCAAUUAUAACCCAUUUACUGGAAUCGGUCAAUGGUGUUGAUACUCUCAAUGCAUAUGAUCAACAGGUUAGGUAUUCAAAGUUAAAUUCGAACAAGAUUGAUACGUUUAUUGGGAUAAAUUAUGCCAACUCGUCUUUAUCACGUUGGCUUUCAAUCAGAUUGCAAACGAUUUCUUCUACUAUUCUAUUUUGUACUUGUGUGUUUUGUGUGCUUACACUUGACACGAAACACCCAUAUAAUGCUUCAUUGGUUGGAUUUAUACUUAACUAUUCAUUAUCAAUCCCAAGUCAAUUGCGGUCUAUUAUUACGUGUUGGACACAAGUUGAGACGCAAACAGUUGCAAUCGAGCGCAUUAUAGAUUACUGUGAUUUACCAAUUGAGGCGCCCAGGAUCAUUGAUAAUUAUCGACCUACGACCGUGCCAUGGCCCAAUGAUGGUAAUAUAAUUUUUAAGAAUUAUUCAACUCGAUAUAGAGAAGAUUUACCACUUGUUUUGAAAAAUUUAAAUUUGAAUAUUAAAGGUGGUUCAAAGGUAGGUAUUGUUGGAAGAACGGGAUCAGGAAAAUCUACAAUGACAAGAGCAAUAUUCAGACUUUUAGAAGCACAGAGUGGUCACAUCGAAAUAGAUGAUAUGAAUACAAGUAAAAUGGGACUCUAUGACUUGCGGAGUAAUCUCAGCAUUAUCCCACAAGAUUGUCAAACAAUUGAAGGAACUGUGCGUCAAAACCUUGAUCCAUUAAAUGAACGAUCAGACGAAGAUCUUUGGAAAGUAUUAGAAAUGUCCCAUUUAAAGAACCAUGUCCUUGGCUUGAGAUCAAGAGCUCCAAAAGUUAAAAAGAAGAAAAAGGGGAAAUCAAUAGAUAUAGAUGAUAAUAAUGAAGUGAAUGAUCCAUUACUUGAUAACAAACCAUUGGGAUUAGACGCAUUUGUGUUUGAAGGAGGAUCGAAUUUUUCUGGUGGCCAGAAACAAUUGCUUUGUCUUGCCAGAGCAUUACUUAAUCCAUCCAAUAUCCUAAUUCUUGAUGAGGCUACUGCUGCAGUUGAUGUUGAAACUGAUAUGCAUAUUCAAAAGAUAAUUCAAGAAUCAUUGCGGGGUAAAACAAUCUUAACCAUUGCACACAGAAUCGAGACAGUACUAAAUAAUGAUUAUAUAUUGGUACUUGAGCAUGGUGAAAUAAAAGAGUUUGGAACUCCAAAGGAGUUACAAGAAAAGAAUGGGAUUUUUGCCAAGUUAUUAAAUAGUUAG